AUGCGAAAGCAACGCAAAUUUCUGCUCGGGAUAGUGGGUCUUCAAUUUUGCUUCCUUCUUGUAUACCUUGUAUUCAACUCCCCGAAAUUUCAGUCCCACAGACAGUUUUUCUUGUCCUACUCACUUCCAAGGCUUCCUUCAAUUGAAAACAGUCUACAUCAAAUUGGCACAUAUCCAAAUUUAGCAAUCUUCAGCGUCUUUCUUGACAGACGACUCAGCGAUAAUCAAACCGAAUUCCGAUCUCAAGAUGGACACACUAACGGAGUCUUGAGGAUAAUCUUGGUCAAAAAACGUGGACAUCGAACUCAACUUAGAUGCCUUUUUAAUGAUGGAACAUCAGUUUCUAGUAGAGAUUUGCAUGGAAAGUCAUUCUCUUUUUACGAACUGACAGAAAACCAUCAGAGGUUGUACGGAGGAUAUUCAGUCCAUUGUGAUGUACCUCCACUUGCCAAUCUCACAAAAGGCGUUCGAAUAUAUGCCGACGGUUCAGAUUCUGGCGUGGUAUCCAUGCCAGUUCUUCAUGCUAAUAUUUCCAAAAUAAAUACACUGCCUUCCAAAAUGUCGAUCAACACUCAGUUCAAGCAUAAAUUUACAGUUUGCGUCCCUGCUUUACAUCAUAUAACAAAAUUAAACACAAUCUUUUUAGCAGAUUGGCUCAAGGUAAAUAUUCGACUUGGUGUCACUAAAUUUCGGAUGUACUACAGUGAGAUGAUUCCGAAUGCGGUGAAGAGGAUAUUUACAUCAAUAAGGGAUCAAGCGGAGGUUGAAUUUCAUCCUCUCUACUGGAAAGAAAAUAAUAUAGCCGUCAUCCAUGAAUCCUGGUAUUACCUUCAAACAAUGACGGUGAAUGAUUGUUUGCUUCGGAGUCUAUAUGACACAGAGUAUGCGUUUUUUGGAGACCUCGAUGAAGUAUUAAUUCCUCAUUCCGCCAAUAUCUCAAAUUGGAGCAAACUUGUUGACCAAAUCUGGACAGACAAAAAAAUUCCAGGCAUCUGCUUUCCGGCAUUACGAUUCAGAGAAUCCCUCAGUGGAAUGGGCAAAAGUUUGAUAAGAUCGAGUAAAAUUGACAGCAUUCGAACAAAGUGUCUUGUUCGGCCUAAUGCAAUAUUUGAAAUGGGUAUUCACCAUAUAAGCAAACCAUAUGAAGAAACUGCUGUAAUUAAACCCAGCAAUACAGUAGAUAUUGCCUUUAUACAUCACUAUCACCGAUUCGCUCCUAAGAAUCAUGACAAAGAGGCCACCGAGGAAGAAAAGGAUGCAAGUAUUCUUAGAUUUCUUGAUAACUAA